AUGCAACAACGUAGAGACGAGAUUCUGGCAAAGAAGGCCAAGCUUGCCGAGUUGAAGAGGCAGAGGGAGUUGCCACCAACGCCCAGCCGCGCAGAGAACCGGGAGGAGUUAGACAAAUACAUCUCAUCGAUUCUGGUUGAUAAGAGCAGACCUGGCUCUACAGGACCCGGAGGUGCCGGCUCUCCCGCUGGUAAAAGCAGUCGACCAAACAGUGUUUUAAGUGCCGGGGAACUUAGCAAUGAAGCCUCGGAGCCCUCGAUCAGCCAGGUCCAGAACCAAGCUCAGACCCUUUCGAUUUCAACCCAAACUCUCUCCACUGCUCCUUUGGCUACGGUCUUCGAGUUUCCGCCAUCACCGGUCAAAGAGAUCUUUUCAUACAGUAAAGGAGUACAGACAGCAGAGGAAUGGGGUACCCUGGCAUCACGACCGAGGGCAUUUGAAGAUGAGGAUGAUGAUGGAGUGAAAACACCGCCAACCUCUUCACCCAAUAAAAGAUUAAGCAGGAGGGAGAGGGAUCGGGAGGAGGAGCUGAGGGAAAACAUCAGAAAAGAAAUCGAGGAGGAGCUCAAGGCAACCCGGGACCUGGUCACUGAUGGAUCCUUAAAGGUUCCACAAAAUCCUGCUGCCGCGAAUUUUCCUGCUAGGGCUCUCACGCAUGAAGAGCUCAAAGCAGUGACGUCCUCGGAAGACUUUAUGGACUUCGUGGAGAGAUCCAGCAAAGUUAUCGAGAGAGCACUGGACCAAGAAUAUGAUAUCUUGGCAGACUAUGCCUUGAGUGGAGAGAACGGGGUUGAGGACGAUGACGAUGAGUACGGAAACACCAGAGGCAAAGGACGGCGGCGAGUCAAGGAAGUCGCUCAGUUUUAUGACGAGAGAUGGUCUAAGAAGAGGAUGAUCAGCGAUAUUAACUUCUCUCCCAAAUUCCCAGAACUUGUCCUUGCAGCCUACACCAAGAACCCUUCCGCGCCCCACGAUCCUGACGGACUCGUCCAAGUCUGGAAUAUGCACCUCCACGACCGCCCUGAAUUCGUCUUCCACGCCCAGUCCGACGUCCUCGCCGCCAAAUUCUCUCCUUUCCACCCUAAUCUCAUCAUUGGUGGCUGCUACAGUGGGCAGGUCCUCCUAUGGGACACCCGCGCCAAAUCAGCCCCUGUACAGAAGACUCCCCUGACUGGCUCAGGCCAUACGCAUCCCGUCUACUCAAUUGACAUAGUCGGCACCCAGAACGCCAAUAACAUUAUCUCCUGCUCCACCGAUGGCGUCGUUUGCGGAUGGACAGUCGAUAUGCUUGCCCAACCCCAAGAACUCCUCACCCUCACCACGCCUCCCCCGGCCAAGACAGAAGAUCUUUCCCCCACCUGCAUGGCCUUCCCGCAAACCGACCCAACAUACUUCUUGGUCGGCUCAGAAGAAGGCACCAUCUUCCCCUGUCACCGCUACGACCGCGCCGGUGCCAAAGCAGGCGUUGAUCAACGGGUAAGUUACAGAGGACACGCGGCGUCUGUAAUGUCCAUCGACUUCCACCCCGCGCGUGGGCCAGUUGAUCUCGGCGAUCUAGUUCUCUCUUCCUCACUAGACUGGAGCGUAAAGUUGUGGAAAGUCCGCGCACCAGCCGCUACUUCGACUACUGGCGUAACAGGAGAAUUGCAAACCGUCGUCCCAAUCAUCGAAAUCACUCGCGAGGACGUCGUCUACGACGCUGCUUGGUCGCCUGUCAAGCCUGGAGUGUUCUCGCUUGUUGAUGGUGCUGGUACUUUAGAAGUUUGGGAUAUCACUGUUGAUACCGAAGUCCCGCUCUCCAAAGUCAUGCCUAGUGGACGUAAAGGGGGUAGGAGUUUGAUGUCCAAGAGUUUGAAUAAGCUCGCCUGGGACGAAUCUGAUGGGAAGCGUUUGGCCACUGGGGGUCUUGAUGGCACCCUUACUGUCUUCGAAGUUGGGCCAGAUCUUGGUGGGAAAGAGAGCGCGAGGCAUGAGGAGUGGGCCCAAGUUAAAAAGCUGGUCGCGAGGUUGGAGAGCGCAGCGUCGACCCCAGGACCAGUAACCAAUGGUUUCAACGGUGUGGUAGCAGGUUCUGCGGGUUACUUGUAA